AUGAAGCACAAGUGUGAUAUAUAUGGCGGGAGGUGGGUCCGGGAUUUCAAUCAGCCGUCGUACGAGGAAUCGGACUGCCCGUACAUGGACCAACAGCUGACGUGUCUCCGCCACGGCCGCCCGGAUAAGGACUACCGCUACUGGAGAUGGCAACCUAACGCCUGUUCUAUCCCUAGUUUUAACGCAACAAUGAUGUUGGAAGAGCUUAGAGGGAAGAGAAUGAUUAUGGUGGGAGAUUCUCUAUUGAGAGGUCAAUUUACCUCAUUGGUUUGUCUUCUUCACCAAGCCAUACCACAACAUGCUCAAUCCUUGGAAGUCAUUCAUUCCCUAUCCAUUUUCACAGCCAAGGAUUAUAAUGCAACAAUAGAGUACUAUUGGACUCCAUUUUUAGUAGAAUCAAACGCAGAUGACCCCAAAAUGCACAAGGUGGAUUUCAGAAUUAUCCGAAAUGAAUCUAUUGACAAGCAUGGCCAAUAUUGGAAGGGAGCUGACAUAAUCCUCUUCAACACUUACAUUUGGUGGGUCGAAGGCAUCAAUGUAUUAUUGAAAGGGUCGUUCGACGACGAAAAGAGGGAGACGGUAAAGUUAUCAAUGGAGGAUGGUUAUCGUCUUGCGCUGAAGAAGUUGAUAGAAUGGAUAAACGAGAAUAUUGAUUCUAACAAAACAAGACUAUUUUUCGCAGGCUUGUCAGUUACUCAUCAAAGGAGCUUUAAAUGGGGCGGAGAUCGAAAAGGCAACUGCUACAACGAGACAACGAUGAUCGAGGAUCCAAGCUACGUGGGAGCAUCACCAAGCUUGUAUCCCAUAAUUAAUGAAGAAUUAAGCAAAUCCGAAGUUCCAGUCACGUUCCUUAACAUCACCCAGCUCACCAGCCAACGCAAGGACGCGCACACUUCCAUCUACAAAGCGUUUCGACGCCCCUUAACGCCCCAGCAACGCGCCAAUCCAAUUCCGUACGCUGAUUGCAUACAUUGGUGCUUGCCGGGAGUUCAAGAUGUAUGGAACCACCUUUUCUUUGUUAAGCUCUUCUUUUCCAUUUAG